AUGCUUCGGAACUUAAUCUCCUUGCAAAAGCAGGCCCUGCAGAGCCUUAAACGGUCGCUUGAAGCGCUCGCUGAAGCUUUAGGGGGUAGCCACGGCGCCCAGAACGCUCCUAUACCUAUUCCAGUCCCCGUUAGACAGGCAGCAGGCCGUAGUUCGCCAUUCCAGAGAGCUGUACGGUUGCCCAAUGUCAGCAGCAGAGCCAUUGGUGGCGUAAGACAGUACUCCACCAAUCCCUUCAACCCAUUUUCUUCGUACAGCUAUGUAUUGAGGAUCACCAAGUUGUCACACGUAGCAAGGACGAUGCAAUUUAGCCCCUUGAAUCCAUUCAACCCGUUCAGUAGGUACAAGGCGUUCAGGCAGUUCAGGGUGCUCAAGGCGCUCUUCAGACCGCAAUAUUCGUCGUCGGCCGCCCAGUUCCACAACACCUUGCGAGCCCAGUCGAGGCUAGCUAACUCCAUAUGGAACAUAUCAGCAUUCAGACUGCACAACUUGCAUUAUAUCAAUCACCAUCACGUCAUUCAAAGUAAGGCCUUCUUCCUCUCGGGGUUGUACAAGGCAGCAUUCCCGCAAACCAGUUCCAGGCUCUUCACCACGACGUGUGCGCUGGGCGGCCCCAUCCCAGGUUUUUCCAUCCAGAUCACCUCGGAAACCAUCAAGAACAUGGCUAUAAGCUUUAGGACAUUGUUCAACUUGGAUAAUGCAUACAAGCCCGUGACUGAGAACGAAAAUCAGUACCAUCCGUCCAAAACGCCAAGAAGAAAGUCGUCCAGGAGCAUACGGAGUGACAUUCGGUUGAACCAGUCACUUUCUCCUCAUUAUACGGCCAAGACGCUUGGUAUUGGCGAAAGCACCAUAUCUGACGAGCAGUCUGACAACGUGACGCUCGAUCUGACGGACCAGCAAUCGAUUAUCAAUGGCUGCUAUGUAGAUUUCCCACUUGGCGGGGACUUAUCGAUCCCCUCGAUGACGUUCUUGACAGACGAGAUUCUUGGUGAGAUCAACGCAAACUUAACAUACAUAACCCGUCGAAUCAACGAGUUAAAGCAGGAUUUCAUGAACUUGGGAGAGUUGGGCGAGUUACCCAUAAAGUACUUGGCCCGCGAGAACGUGUUGAGGGUAUACUUCCCCAACUGUGAUCGUGAGAUGGUGGAAGUGCUAUUGCGGGAAAAGAACGUUGUAGGGGGCACCAUUCAUGAGAACGUCAAGGGCCCCAGGUCGGUGAUAACGGCAGUUGCACCAGAUAAUGAAAACACCCCUCUCACAUCACGUAACGGUGGAGGAGGUGUUGGCGUGGGUGUAACUUCCUAUGUGACGGAGAACGACCUCAUCUCGUCUCUUUACCAGUCAGGUAACACCGGAUCGUCCACACAGUCUUCAGAAGAAUCCUCCAUAAUGUACGAUGAUGGGGUCUUAUCGUCGUAUGGAUCAUCUUCCGACCACCGUCACCACCCAUUGUCUGAUGCAGAGGUUGUGAGGAUAGGUGAGUUUGGUGGGGCAAAUGUUCCCAUGGGUCCUAUAGCCAUCAGCGACUACUCCAGUGGUGAGUACCACUGGGUCGAAAGACAGUGA